AUGGGCGACAAAAACGAAACCUUUGUACCAAACUACGACAACUGCAAAGAAGUCUCGGAUAAAUGUCCUGUCGAAUUUACCAUCUAUGGUGAUUACCUCUCUGGGGGUGCCGCAGGGUUCUUUGCCGUCGCAUUCGUACUUUUACUCUUCGCACAGAUAUUCCAGGGCAUACGUGCAAAGACAUGGUCGUACAUGAUCUGGCUAGCCAUAGGAACCAUCUUCGAAAUCAUCGGCCAUAUCGAACGCUUCAGUCUCUCUCGAAACCCAUGGCAGCAAAAUGUGUUCAUCAUCUCUUACCUAACGCUUCUCCUCGCCCCGACGCUCGUCGCUGCUGCUAUAUCCGUCACCUUUAAGCACAUCGUCAUGUGGUACGGCGCAAAGUGGUCGGUCAUCAAGCCCAGGUUGUAUCCUCUUGUCUUUGUCGGCACGGACUUUCUUUCGAUUUUCAUACAGGUCAUCGGUGGUGGUUUGACGGCUUUGGAGACGGUGGGCAAGGGGACCAAGACGACCAAGAAGCUGGGAGAGAUCCUUGUUACUGGAGGAGUUGCGUUCCAGGUCGCCAACAUGAUGUGCUGUGGAACUCUUAUGUUGAUCUACAUUCAACGUCGAAACACGUCAUUGAAGGGUAGAGAUCUCUUGAUGGGUGCUCCUGCUUCUGCUCCUCCCGUGUACUCAGCUGGAGGUCCGACGCGUGAAAAGGUUCCUGUUGCUCGAGAGGAGGCUACUAACAAAGAAGCCAAAAUGGUGCGAUGGUUCUGUUACUGUCUGGGUAUCGCAUAUGUCUGCAUUAUCCUCCGAUGUGUCUACCGUAUCGCAGAGACCAUCCCGGCCAUCGCAAAAGAUGUCCUACGAAACGAACCUCUAUUCAUCGUGUUUGACGCGACAGCGAUGCUUAUUUCCAUCGGAGUUGUCACCAUUCUACAUCCUUGCUACUUCUUUCCUUACCUUGGCCUCAGCAAGAGUAAGAAGAGUCAGGGCAAGGUGUACGAGGGUAUUCGAAUGGAGAGUAACUCUGCUUUGAUCGGACGGCAACAACACCAGCCUCAGCAACGAGGGGCCGAAUCGCUACAGAAUAGCCUUGACGAAGGCUUGGAAUCUCGAACCACAGACGUCGAGUUCUCACUGCCCCCCGCCGAUGGUGGAAGGAAAGCCUAUUUAUUCUUGGCCGCAUGCUGGGUCGUCGAAGCCGUAACAUUUGGCUUUGGCUUUUCGUUUGGCGUCUUUCAAGAGUACUACAGUCACAAUGAACCGUUCGCAGGAUCCAGCAAUAUCGCUGCCAUUGGAACUACCACCACGGGCAUGUUGUACCUUGGAGCCCCCUUCGUCGUCAUAAUAUGUCGUUUCUACCCCCGUCAAGCUCGAUGGUUCACCUGGGCAGGCCUGGUAGUCACAUCCCUCGCCAUGGCAAUGAGUUCCUUCUGCACGACCGUACCACAACUCAUCGCAGUCCAAGGCGUAUUAUUCGGUAUCGGUGGCUGCUUCGCUUAUUGCCCCUGUACUCUCUACAUAGAUGAGUGGUUCGUGCAAAGAAAAGGUUUCGCUUAUGGCAUCGUCUGGAGCGCCGCUGGAGCUGGAGGCGCUAUACUUCCCUUGCUCCUCCAAGCUCUUCUGGAAAAAUACGGGUUCCAAACAACCGCGAGGAUCUGUUCGGGGAUUCUAUUUGGGAGUGCGGCUCCGUUGGCGUACUUUGUCAAACCCAGACUUCCACUGUCAUCUACGAUUAAUAGGAAACCUCUGAAUAUGCGGUUCGUCACGUCAAGGGUGUUUAUGCUGCAUCAGUUGGCAAAUGUGGUUGAAGCUACGGGUUACUUCCUCCCUACCAUUUAUCUACCAACUUAUGCUCGAACAACGUUCGGUACUUCAGCUGUCUUGUCAGCUCUGACUGUUAUUCUCGUCAACAUUGCCGCGACAGCCGGGUUGAUGAUUAUGGGAUUUCUCAGCGAUAGGCUCGCUGUCACGACAUGCAUGCUCAUAUCAGCAGUUGGCGUCGGCAUUUCUGUCUUGCUAGUCUGGGGACUCACAGCAUCUUUACCAGUCCUUUACGUCUUUUGCAUUAUGUACGGCUUCUUCGCGGGGUCUUGGGCUUCGAUAUGGCCUGGUAUCAUGAGAGAAGUGACUCAGAAAUUUCAAGACCAGAACGAACAUAUUGAUCCUGUCAUGGUUCAUGGCCAUCUUUGCGCUGGUAGGGGAGUAGGAAAUAUCAUCUCUGGGCCACUGAGUGGCUCUCUCAUCAGAGGACAACCUUGGCAGGGAAAGGUCAUUGGAGGCUACGGAAGUGGUUAUGGGAUCCUGAUCUUGUAUACUGGGUUGACGGGUUUGGUAAGUGGCAUCAACUUUCUAUGGCGAUAUGUCAACGUCCUGUAG